AUGGUAUAUGAUUAUGAGACUGCAAGGAAGGUGUGGGAAUCUAAGGUUCCGAUUGAGUUUAUAUUAGAUUCUGAUACUCAGAAUAGUAGACCUUUGUAUGUAAUGAUACCUCGUAUAUCAUACUUUUGUCUACAACUGCCCAAAAUUAUCUCGUUUUUCUUUGGAGAGCAAGAUGAAAGAAUCGACCCUGAUACUGUUUCUUUGGAAUAUUGUUCACAGCCAGUUAAAGCCUAUUAUCCAGUUGGAGUUUUGUAUGAUAUGUAUAAAGCAAAAUCAGCAGAGUUUUGGUCGAUAACAGUCAGAAGAAAUGAAAAACCACUUGGAACUGCUUUAAGGAAGGACCAAAUGGAGCAAAUGUACAUGCAAAGUGUUAAAGAAGCUGAUUUCAUGAAAAGAAAAGCUGAAGUUAUUUAUAGCAUGAGAGAUGAAGAUCAUCGCCAACUUUGGAAUGGGAUCGUUCAUUACAAUUUUGAAGAAUUUUGGCUUGUUAACAAGCGAUUAAUGUUGACAUCCUCGGAUCAGUCCUUCCUUCACAUCCCUCUGAGACUAUAUGAAAGUGGGAAACCUUUCAAACAGGUACCUCUGAAACCUACCCAAGAAUCUGGCGAAGAAGCUACACUAUCUUCAGCUUUAGCUCAGCUGUAUCCCAAUUUGGAUAUAAGUACUACUGAGUUUUUUUCACAUGGAAUAUCUCUCCCACUUAAUACGCCUCUCACAUACUUAGCAGAAAAUAUUGCUUACCCGGAUAAUUUUGUCCACGUUUGUGCUGUGCCCGUUGAAAGUUAA